GACUGUCUCUGCAGAAAUUUUCGACUCCUUCUUUGCGAAAUUAAGCAUGAGUUCUACUUCACAAAAACACAGAAACUUUGUGGCGGAGCCUAUGGGUGAAAAGCUUGUGACUGAGCUUGCAGGAAUUGGUCCAGUCCUGGGGGAAAGAUUGACCGAGAAGGGCUUUGACAAGGCCUAUAUUGUGUUGGGCCAAUUCCUUCUUCUGAAGAAAGAUCAAGAAAUGUUUAUGGAAUGGAUUAAAGACACAUGUGCAGCUAACAAGAAGCAGGGAUCAGAUUGUCACAAUUGUUUAAAAGAAUGGUGUGAUGCUUUCCUGUAAGAACUUCCUGAUAAUAUACAACAUAACCUUUAUUGUGUUUAAAUGUAAAUGGUCGUUUCAUUUUCUAGGGUUAUCACUUCUUAGUAGCAAUUUCAUUCACCUUAUCAAAUUAAUUAAGCAGAUAACUGAAAAACAACAAUAAAAAUUAGUUUUGUUAUUAAUGAAAUGGUGUUCUGUUUAAUGAUGUAAUUUAGCAAUGUAUU